UGUUGAGAGGGAUUCGUACACCCUCAGUCACCCUCUGCCCUUGUGUGAAAGAGGUUGCUACGCCGCACCUCACAUCAGUGCCGCGUCUAACAAGUGGUGCCCAACCGUGUCAAAAAACAGGGAUUAUGCAAGCCAUCAAAUGCGUAGUGGUGGGCGAUGGAGCCGUGGGUAAGACCUGCCUCCUCAUCAGCUACACCACAAAUGCCUUCCCCGGAGAAUACAUCCCCACAGUAUUUGACAACUAUUCCGCCAACGUGAUGGUGGACGGCAAGCCAAUCAACCUGGGGCUGUGGGAUACGGCGGGGCAGGAGGACUAUGACCGCCUGCGUCCCCUCUCUUACCCCCAGACCGACGUGUUCCUCAUCUGCUUCUCCCUUGUCAACCCCGCCAGCUUUGAGAACGUUAGGGCAAAGUGGUAUCCAGAGGUGCGGCACCACUGCCCUAACACCCCCAUCAUCCUGGUCGGCACCAAGCUGGAUCUGAGGGAGGACCGGGACACUCUAGACAAGCUCAAGGACAAGAAGCUAUCGCCCAUCUCAUACCCGCAGGGUCUGUCCAUGGCUAAGGAGGUUGGGGCCACCAAGUACCUGGAGUGCUCAGCCCUCACCCAGAAGGGCCUGAAGACGGUAUUUGAUGAGGCCAUCCGAGCCGUGCUGUGCCCCAUCAAGCCACCCAAGCCCACCCGCAAAUGUAGGAUCCUCUAAGGGCAGCUGCUGUGCCCAAGAGAAGGUUCUGUCAGUCUCUAGCAGCGGCCAAUGAACAGCCUCUCCCCUCACCUGACAUGUUGCCCUGAGUGCCAGACUAGUUCAUCCAAGGCUACGGUUCUUGUCUUAUUUUUCCACGACUUCAUUCUCCUCUUUUUCUUCUGAUCCAUUGUAUUGUAACCUUAAUGCUUCAGCUUUAAGGAAAUAUCAUUGACCUUUCACUAUUCCUCAGAGUCAAAAGAGAGACUGAUGAGUGUGUGUGUGUGUGUGUGUGUGUGUGUGUGUGUGUGUGUGUGUGUGUGUGUGUGAGAGUAUAAAUCAACAAGUAUACAUAUUUGUGGUGUCUUGAUAAUCAGCCAAACUUUUUUUUUUUUUUUUUUUUUUUUUUUUUCUUCAUGCAAGGAAGUUUGCCACAGCCAGUCCCAGACCUAAAUUAAGAGUGACAUCAAUGGCAACAAUAUUUACCAGCACAAGAAUAAUGCAAAUCCACUGGGACAGACUUUGAAUCCAUUCAUGAAAGUAACCAUUAAAGCUGAAAUGACUGGGGACUCCUUGUCUUGCUCUCCGUACAAAAUCAACAAGGGAGAGUUUCCUGUCAUUGUUUUCUUCACACUGGGACUAGUAAGCUUAUCCAUGUUUACAUAAGCAUAGGGCACUGGGGGGUGGGCUGUACAAGUGUGUGUGUGUGUGUGUGUGUGUGUGUGUGUGUGUGUGUGUGUGUGUGUGUGUGUGUGUGUGUGUGUGUGUGUGUGUGUGUGUGUGUGUGUGUGUGUGUGUGUGUGUGUGUGUGUGUGUGUGUGUGUGUGUGUGUGUGUAGCUUCCUCCCCCCCCACCCCCACCAGUCUGCCAGCCUGCUCCUUCUCAUUGCCACCACAUGUGAAAUCCUAUUAUUUGCAUAUGUUGCAUUUUUUUUUUUUUUUUUUUUUUUUUUUUGCAAAAUAUAUACCAACAUUUAGGUUGUUUUUUUGCAUCAGUAGUGUAGGUGAAUAUUUAGCAGUGGAAGAUGUACUGCAGAAUUUAAUUGGAGAAGUUAAUUUAUACAUUCAUCUACUUUUGGGCAAGAUUUAACUGGUCCUAGAGAGAGAGAGAGAGAGAGAGAGAGAGAUUAUUUGUGCCUUGGUGUGUUGCUUUCAAGAGAAGUGUAACCAUUUAAUUUUUUUGUGGUGCAUAGGGAGAUUUUUUUGUGAUGUGCACUGGAUGAGUGAAAAAAAAACAGAAUAAAAGAAAGAUUCAUACAAGAAGUGCUGGAUCCUGCGAGUGGCGAGUGUGUGUAGGGUGAGCUGAGAACACUGCAAGGGUGCUAGUGGAGUAAGAGUGAGUCUAAGUGUGGAGUGGUGAGGUGUUGGUGUGUGCAAGUGUGAUUGCUGAGGUGACGGGUGUGUUGUCAGGGGGAGGAGUAGGAGGUGAUCAUGGCAGUGGUGGUGGUGGUGGUGGAGUGAAGUUCUGUAUUCUCCUAGCCAGGCAGGGAAAGAAAAUGUUUUGUUUUUAGUGCAGGAGCAUUGAAUGUGACUUGCAAUAGCUAACAGUCUUUUUGGGGCCUAAGGAACAUUUAGUGUUGUGGCUCGUUGCACUAACACAAAUGUGCUUGAAAAAAAAUUCUAAAGGGCGAUUGCUUCUGAUAUCUGUGAUUAUGAUCAGUAUGGUAAAUGUCUAACCUCCCUGUAAGAAAUGUCAUAGUAGCUUAUGCACAAAACUAAUAAUGAGACAUGAUUGGGUAGUGCUGUUUAUAGUUGUAUUCAGCCUCCUCACAGCUGCCGGUCUGCUGGCCGCAUCCCAUCAGUGAACCUUUCUCCCGGAGCCGUGGGGACACCAGCAGUUCCAGGCUUUAGGAUUUUGUAAAAAUACAAAACUUCUAUUAUACAUAUGAUGUAAAUGGAUACCAAGAAAAUUGUGAUUUUUGUGAUGUGUGGACUGAAGAAGCCUGACCGACGCUUCCACGUAGUUAGUGAAGAAAACAAGAAAGAGCUGUUGUUAAGUCUUCAUUUGUCGUGUCUUGUGCUGAGCCACGGCGCUGCGCCUCCAGGGGCCGCACCGCUGCUGCCGCCGUCACUGUCGCCUCCUCCCUUACCGCACCCCGGCCGGCAGCCCCCCUGUGAGGCGUGGCAGGCGGGGCGUCACUGGGGUUAAGGAUAUGUUUUUGUCAUAUAUCCAUGACUCAUUCAAUACCAUUACAGAGAAAUCAGAUGUAGUAUAGCAUUUGUGCUCAGAUAGUUUGGUAAUAACAUACUGCAGACUUCACGAGCCUGUUCAUUACAUACAAAAGAAAUAUUUAUUCAUGACAGAAUCAUUGCAUGUUCUAUUGUUGUUGUUUUUUUAUUAAGUUGCUUAACAGUAAGUGUUAAUGGUGAAAAAAUAUUGCUUGUACAUAAAGUUUUAUAUCUGCCGUACUACGGUCAUGCUGGAUCACGUAAGAUAAUGUCAAGGAUAAAUCGCUUUUACCAUAAAUUGAAUAUUUUUGAGUGCAUCUCCUCUGUGCUAGUAUAUAUAUAUGUACAAGUAUAAUAUUAUCGAGGUAUUUGUCACAUAUACAUACUGGACACUGUUGUAUUAAAAACCUUAAAUAGUAGUAAGUUUCCAAGACCCCCAAGCCUGGGGGUCUUGGGUGCCGUCACCCCCAGGCAGCAGGGAGCUGUGGGCCACCAGCUGUAGCAGUGUGGCAACUGAGCUGCAGCUGCUGCUGUUGAGGAAAUAGGAGGUUGAGAAAUGUCAGACACCUUCCACCUUUCCAUAAGUAAGCACAGGAUGUGAUGUCUUUUGUGUGUCAUUUUGUCAGAGGACAUCAUAGACAAGUACAGGCUGCCAAAGAACUGUCCUUGCCUCCUUGGUCGUGAAAAGAGAUCACUGUGGCUCCUUAUUAGUUUAUUAUUUAUUGAUAAUAUAUGUACAGACAGAGAGUAUUGCCAUUGUGAAAUUAACAAACUUUUCAACCUUUGUGACAACCUUUCAAACAACACAAUGUCAGCCGCACCACAAGAAGGAAAGGCACUUCUUAGGGCAGCCUGCACCAAGCCUCCCAGAGAAUGAAAAGAAAAUAUCAGGAGGUUGAUGAGAAAUUCUGUCAAUUCCUUUCUUCCAUCUUUUCAUUAUUAUGUGUAGGAUGUGAUUGAUGCCUUUGCUGUGUGAAUUUUCUAAGGGUAUGUACCAGCCUCCCUGACUUUCUCAAGAUGUUGUACAGUAUUGCUGGCACAGAUCAGACACCAGACCAGCAGGACAUAUUGACAUACUUUAAAAAAGGGACCCUUAUUUUGAGUGUGUCUUGCUGCCCCCUCAGGUAAUGUGCAAAAGCCUUGCAUUUUGUCAACUUUAUAUCAUGAGGGUUACAACACUACUACUGUAUCCUGACAUCUCUUGGACCAGUGUCAUUAGGAAAACUACUGCUACAAACAAUUACCAUGUACUACUAUUACUACUCUUGCUACUAUUACUAAAGGCAUGUUGCUACCAUUCCUGACACAUCCAGAGAUGACAUGUAUAGACGCUUCAUAACAGCAGUUUUCUUGCCGUCAAGUAACUGACCCUGGAGGGACUCUUGUCUUUCUGUAAACUUGUAAGUAAUACACACUAGUAGGAUCCCUAAUUUGUUUUUCCUUUCUUUCUUCCUUUCUUUGUCUUUUUCUCUCUUCCAUAAUGUAGUGCGGCCAUCCUCUUGGGAACUGUUCACUCUACAACCCAGUAACUUUUCUUUCUUAGAAUAUGACAUUUAUGUUCCCUUCAUUUGUUCCUUCCAUCCUUCUUCCUUCCUUCCUUUCUUCCCUUCCCUUCCCUUCCUUCAUUCUUUCCUUCCUUCCUUCCCUCCCUCCCUCCCUCCCUCCCUUCCUUCCUUCCCUCCCUCCCUCCCUCCCUCCUUCCUUCCUUCCUUCCUUCCUUCCUUCCUUCCUUCCUUCCUUCCUCCCUUCCCUCCCUCCCUCCCUCCCUCCCUCCCUCCCUCCCUCCCUCCUCCUCUUUAUCCAUCUCACUUGGUGGCUCCCUGGUAAUGGUGGUGGUGGUGAUCAGGGUCUUCUAAAGUGCCAGGAUUUUUGGUGCUAAUGUGCUUACAGUGUGUGGUUAUUGGGUGUGGUUUUCACCUACCAUACACGCACACAUUUUGAUUUUUAUAUUGUCAAAUUUCGCAGUGCUUGUCAACAUACACAGAUGUCAGUAAUUCAGUAAUGUGAGGAUUCCAUUGUUUGCUGUUGGUGGUUUUUAUUUAUCGCAGUUUCAUUUACAGUUCAGAAAAUAUCCAGCUGAUAAUAUAAUAUAAUGAUCCAUUUGCAGUUGAGAAAUUUUUGAUAAUUUUCAUAAUUUUGCUAUCACAUUUUCAAAUACAUAGAAUUAUCUCCUUGGUUACUCAUAUAUACAGUUUUCACCAGUGCUUUGUCAUGGCUUGCACUGAAUUCUGCUCAUAACCAUUAAGCUGAAACUUUGCACUUCAUGCCGCAUUUUCAAACACUUUCGCACAUUGUCUCAAGUUGUAACAGGCUGUACCAGAAGUAAGUUGGAUUUUCAAGGAUGUUUUUAUAAUUGUAGUAAUAAUCAAACAGGGAUUAUACGUCACUAAUAUGAAGAAACAUAGUGAAAACUCAGUUGAUAAUUUAUGUGUAGCCUUUGAAAAUGGUGAAUAUCAAGAGAACAGAGUGUUUGAGAAUACCGGCCUCUGUGUGUUGGAUCAGCAUCAUCUGCAUCUAACUUGACCUGACCUUUGGUAUCCUGCACAUCUCCUCCUCCUCCUCCUCCUCCUCCUCCUCCUCCUCCUCCUCCUCCUCCUCCUCCUCCUCCUCCUCCUCCUCCUCCUCCUCCUCUUUAUGUAUCAUCUCAUUUUACAUUUUAUUCUGAUGCAUUGAUUUGAAUUUGAUGGUUUUCGUGUACUUUCUUGAGUCUUCCAUGGAUAAGGAGGAGACGUCUUUGUUGAUGGUCUUGCUCUUACAUCUUCUGCCCUGCCCCUCUUUUUCCUCCUGCUCCCCUCCACUCCCCUCACCCCACUCUUCACCCUCUCCCCUGUGGGUCAACUCUUGGGAAUGGAAAAUGUCUAGAUAGAAAGUUCCAUCCAUUUUGUCUCAGCUGUGCUGCCGAAAUCGCUAAGAAGAGCUAACAGUAGGUACUAACAGUAAUAUCCUUGUCGGGUACAUUACUACUGCAUGAGAAGAGAAUAUUGUACACACACUAAGGGAAAAGAACAAAUGUUGCUACACCGGCUACGAUGAGAAGGAAUCAAGAUAUGGUUGUUUGAUGGGCACAAAUCCAACACAAACUUUUGGGGACACGUGUAGCGCCACUUCCAGCCCGGCGCGGGGUGACGUGCCUCCUGCCGCCCCGCUGCCCUGCCGGCCUCGCCAACACUCCUCAUCAUCGCGCGUAGCCUAUAAUUAUUGUGCACAAAGUUCAGUGAUUACCAUGUUCAAGUUUGUAAAGUGUUUUUACAUUUGUAAAUAGUGAUGUCAAAGUAAUGAAUAAUAAAACUGUAUAAUUAUU